AUGUCGGAUUGGGAGGAUGAAUACGAUGAUAAUGGCGCUGCCAUUACAAAGCCGUUGGAUAUCGGCACUACCGCACGUAAAGCGUUGACAGAAAACCUGCACUUAGGUGGGGGAGUGCCAGGCGGGAAAGCGAACCGAGGAGGUCCACAAUGGCGAAACUGGCGAGAUCGAGAUGUGGGAGCAAACGCCAUUGUCUCUGAGAGCCACAGAGACCCCGGCAGUGCUAGACGCGUUUAUGGCGGUGACCGAUCAGGCUCAAGACGGCCUGUAUCUCUCUGUAUAAAAAACUCUUUGCUCGGGAGGAUAAUCGGCCGAGGCGGUGCGAAAAUACGUGAACUGCAAGAGUCUAGUGGAGCAAGAAUAAAGAUUAACCGUGGAGAGUAUGAGGGCGACGUGCUAAUAUUUGGCAGCAGUGAUGUUCAGCAGAAAGCCAAGGAUAUGAUCCACGAGCUGAUAUCUAGGGGUGCAGCCAGUGUGCCUUGGUUCCACAAUGGCAGUGAGGGUCCAGGAGUGAAGAGUGCCUCCUGCUGGCCAGCGACUGUCCUGCAGGCAUCAGCUGCCCCUGCCUCUGCACCCAUAGAUUGGAAUGCCAUAAGGGAGAAUAAGGAGAAGUAUGAGGCUAUGAAGUGGCGAGACCUUCCACCACUGAUGAAGGAUUUCUACAUCGAGGAUGAAUCUGUGGCCAAGCGCAGUGCAGAGGAGGUCAGAGUGUGGAGAAAAGACAAUAACAAUGUGUUCGUGGAUGAUCUGAAAGAGCAAGGGAAGAGAGUCAUCCCAAAUCCAGUGUACACUUUCAAAGAGGCCUUCGCUAACUAUCCUGAAAUAAUGGAGAACAUAGUCAGAGUUGGGUUUCAAAAGCCAACUCCCAUUCAGUCCCAGGCGUGGCCUAUUGUUCUGAGUGGCCUGGAUUUGAUUGGGAUUGCUCAGACUGGCACUGGGAAGACCCUGUCCUACCUGCUCCCUGGCUUCAUUCACAUGGACCAGCAGCCUGUGCGCAGGGACCAGCGGGGUGGCCCUGGCAUGCUGGUCUUGACUCCCACUCGUGAACUGGCCCUCCAGAUUGAAGCAGAGUGUAACAAGUACAGCUAUAAAGGCUAUAAAAGUAUCUGUGUUUACGGAGGAGGUGACAGACGAGCCCAGAUAAAAACGGUGACCAGCGGCGUUGACAUAGUGAUCGCCACACCAGGACGAUUAAAUGAUCUGCAGAUGCACGAGCUCAUUAAUCUUCGAUCCAUCACCUACUUGGUAUUGGAUGAGGCAGACCGAAUGCUGGACAUGGGUUUUGAACCUCAGAUCAUGAAAAUAAUUCUGGACAUUCGACGUGACAGACAAACAGUUAUGACCAGUGCCACGUGGCCUACAGGCGUGAGACGUUUGGCCAAGUCCUACCUGAAAGACCCCAUGAUGGUGUAUGUUGGUACCUUAGAUUUAGCAGCCGUGAACACCGUACAGCAGACGGUCCUGUGUGUGCAGGAGGAGGAGAAAAAGGCAUAUGUCUUUGACUUUAUCCACAACAUGGAGCCUCAGGACAAAGUGUUAAUAUUUGUUGGAAAGAAGAUUGUAGCGGAUGACCUGUCCAGUGACCUCUGUCUGCGGGGCAUAGCAGUUCAGUCGCUGCAUGGGGACAGAGAGCAGUGUGACCGAGAAGAGGCCCUGCAGGACUUUAAAGAUGGACGUGUGCGUAUUCUGGUGGCCACAGACCUGGCUUCUAGGGGACUAGAUGUUCAUGACAUCACUCAUGUCGUCAAUUAUGACUUCCCACGGAACAUAGAGGAGUACGUGCACAGAGUGGGCCGAACAGGGCGCGCAGGCCGAUCCGGGACGUCUGUAACCAUGGUUACAAGAGGAGACUGGAAGAUGGCUGCUGAACUCAUACACAUCCUGGAGAGAGCUGGCCAGGAGGUUCCAGAAGAGCUGGUACUGAUGGCGGAGCGCUACGACAAACACAAGAGGGAGAAGGAGAUGUUCCCUACCAGACCACAAGGAGGUGGGAGAGGGGGAGGGACUCGCAGAGGAGGAAGAGAUGGGUUCAGGGACAACUCUAAUUGGCGCUUCUGAAUUUAAACAGUAAGAAGAGGCCAGUGGAGUUAAUCUGUCAAUGUUGUUAAGUUUUUGUUCACUUUUCUAAAAGGCCAGAAGCAUAUUUUACUUGGGGGUAUGUAACAUUCAAAUAAAACGGGUGCACAUUGUUCAGUUUGCAUAAAUGAUAAUAUCUACACAGCGGACACAAGGAAAUUGAGAGAUUU